GGCCAGCCCCAGGUCCGAGCACCCCCCGGGCCCUGCACCCACCUGCUGCCCAACGGGGCCGGGCGAGGGCCAGAACCGGGCAGUGCCCACGGGGAGGCCGGGAAUGGUGUCUGCAGGCCCGUGCCCRGCACACAGAAACCACACCGCAAGCUGCAGUCGCACCACUCCAUCAACAGCCAGAACAGCAAGAAGAGCAAGGGCAGCUCCAAGUCGGCCUCGUCCCACAUCCCCAUCGAGGCGCAGGAAGACUGCUGCGUUCACUGCAUCCUCUCCUGCCUCUUCUGCGAGUUCCUGACGCUCUGUAACAUCGUKCUGGACUGCGCCACCUGCGGCUCCUGCACCUCGGAGGACUCGUGCAUCUGCUGCUGCUGCUGCAACUCGGGCGAGUGCGCGGACUGCGACCUGCCCUGCGACAUGGACUGCGGCAUCAUCGACGCGUGCUGCGAGUCCGCCGACUGCCUGGAGAUCUGCAUGGAGUGCUGCGGGCUCUGCUUCUCCUCCUGAGGGUCCCUCGGGUCCCCUCCCCAGGCUGUCCCGCCCGGGAAACUCCGGAACCUCGCGGAGGAGGAGGAGGAGGAGGAGGAGAGCGAGUCCCCCCCGGUGCAAAUCUCAUCCGUGGAGCCGGAGCCGGACCCUGCCCGGGGAAGGGUGAAUCCAGAGGGCCGCGGGGGCUCUGGCAGCUGCCGGCCCCGCUCUACCUCUUCCCGCACCGGGGCACCGCGKGAGCCUCCUGCCGCCUGAGCCGAGAGCAGGAGCGCCCGUCCCGCAGAGCCACCGAACCUCCCGGCCUUGGGGACAGCCGGUCCCGCUGCCACCGCCCCAGGACAGCGYUCCGAGGGGUUCCGCGGGGGUGGCACGGAGCAUUCCCCUCCAGGGACACCUCCAGGGACACCUCAGGGCACCGGGACCCCCGGAGAUGCUGCGGAGUCCCGUGCUGGGGACRCGUCCUGCCAGGGUCCCCUCCCCCCCGGUGCUGAGCCCGGCAGCCAAGUGCAAUACACGCAGCCUGUCCCCCUCCCGGGAAGAAGCUUUUCCUGCAGCCAGGGCUGCCCCAAGCUGUCACCCACCCCCGUGUGUCCCCCGGUGUCCCCAGGCUGGUGGGUGGCGGCUCGAUUGGUGCCAAAUGACCCCCAGCAGUUUUUGGCCCCGUGCCACCAYCCCGGGGACAGGGAUUGUGGCUGGGUGGGGGUGACAGACACCCCGCUGAUGGGCUGGGGUGACGGGGAGGGAAGCGU